GGUCGAUCAUCAUUGGGACACCCUUUUCUAAUGUUGCCAGCAGUUCCAUUAAGUUGUAACCAGUCUCUGCAGAAUAUUCCCUAUUGGUGACCUCUCCGACUGAGGUUGGUGUUGGCAAACCAUAUUCACAGAGUGAUUUACCGCUUACUGCUGUUAAGUCUUCCUGAAGAGCUAAUAAGCACAGAUUUAUGGCAAGAUUACGGAAAUUAUCAUUAGUUGCGCCUUCAUCAUUGUGAGAUAUAUUCCAAAGAAAGUCUUUCUUUACAUUAGAAAUUUUUCUUUAUAUUUUUCCCAUAAUUGUAUAGCAUCUGACAAAUUAUAAAAUGUGAGUUAUGUUACAAAUAAAUGGCGUCACCGUCGUGGAUUAUCACUAACACAGGAUUCUGCUAAAGCGUCAUCCCAAUGCUGAUCAUUUUCAAGCAAACGACGCGCUUGGCAAGCUGCGUGGUAAGUUGGAUAAACAACAUUGUCUAGUUUUCUCAAAUCUAUAAAUGUAGUUGGUCCUCGCACUGUAUGGAAUAAUAAUCGCAAAUAGAAACACUCAGCGUUGUUAGGAUGAACGGUAUACACUCUACCAAGAACAUGUUCUUUGAAAAUACUCGUUGUUUAUCGUAGGUAUAAUACGAUGGAACUUCCUCAUACAAAAGAGAUUUUGCAAAAUUAUCAGUUUGGCAAAGUCGAAAGAAUGCUAAUAAAGUUGUUUGUCUAGGGUUCUCUAAUCGUUCUGUAACAUUUUCGGCGUUGAAAUAUAUACGUUGACCGCCUUCAAGAUGAAAAUCCAGAUGAGUCACAGGUGGAUAUCUUUCGUGAAUGUUGAAACUUAAGAUCCGCCACACAGCUUCUGAAGAGCUGAUAUAUCUGCCUGACUGAAAUCUAGUAACUUCAUCAUGUUCAUUUCUCAACGCAAAUGUAGCUUGGUCACUGCCCUUGUUAAUAUACUUACAAAUAUAUUUUAUUGACUCUACACUAUUACACAUUUCAACAUUUAUGUGAGCUUGAAAUGUUCUAGACAUCACAGGCGAAUACGGAACGACCCACCUAUUAUCUAAAGUAACCUGUUGUCCAGACACUCGCUUUUCAACAGUACAACCACCAUUGUCUCUUGAACGGCGACGAUAUAAUGGGUAUCCAUCAUGUCCUGUUACAGUUUCAUCCACUAAUGCUUUUGGAUAUCUUUUAGUGCAACGACCGUCUUGCAUGCAAGGAGCAUUCCCGUUAAAUGCACCACAUGGACCAUGUAUCAUAUGAGUUUUAACAAUGUCGUAUAACACGGGAUAUGCAAUCGGAUCUGGAAUUUCAGCACUGAUUGAACUGUCUACAUCAUUAGGUCGAACCUUAUCUUUUAACCAAACCAGGAUAUGUGCGUGAGGUCGAACACUCUGAACUCUUCGCAUCAAUCGCUCUCCAGUUUUCGCCAUGCGCUCGAUCAAGCAACACGUGUGCGCAAAAAAAAUACAGGUUUAUUAUAUCUGAACGUGAUCAAAAUAUCAUUAGAGGGUUAGAAAAGUGUGAAUUAGAUUCCGAGGAUGAAAGGGACGUGCCGGAAUUACCAAAUGAAGACUGCAGUGAUGUAGAAGAUGUACCAUUAGACCACGUCAUUGAUGGCGAGUGUCAAUCAGACUCUGAAAUUGAUGUUGAAGAGUUAAAUGAAUAUAACGAUACAAAUGAUCUGCCAGUUGAUGAUGCAUCUUCCGAUGAUGAUGUUCCAUUGUCAAGAUACCGGAACUAUUUCGGAAAAAUCGGUUCCGUUGGUCGUCUCAACCUCCAGUUUCGCGAUCAAGGACUUUCCAACACAACAUCGUUCAGCAACCUCCAGGAUUGAAAAGGAACUUCAGAGAUGUUUUGAACAGUAAUACAACAUCAUCCGAUUUAUGGCAUUUAUUUUUUACUGAUGAUAUGUAGAAGAAAUUGUAAAGCAUACUAACGAAAAAAUUUGAAAGGUAAGACCUAACUAUCAAAACCAGACAUGUGUUCAAGACCUUGACGUAAUUGAGCUGAAGGCUUUUAUCGGUAUGUUGUACUUUACUUCAAUUUUCAAAAAGAACCACACACAUUACACAUGUUGGUACAGCACAGAUGGUACAGGAAGAGAGAUUUAUCGUUGUAUAAUGAGCAAGAACAGGGUCGAAACAUUGCUGAAUUGUCUUCGUUUUGAUGAUGCGAGCACCAGAGAUGAACGCCGUAGCACUGAUAAAGCUGCACCUAUAUCUCAGCUUUUUGAAUAGCUGAUACAAAACUGCAAAGAAGUUUGUUCAAUUGGCAGUUACGCUUGUAUUGACGAGAUGUUGGUGGCUUUCCGUGGGAGGUGCAGCUUCAAAAUGUAUAUGCCGAAAAAACCCAACAAAUAUGGAUUAAAAAUUAUGUGCAUGACUGAUGCCAAAAACGGAUACCUUGUGGAUGCCUACAUAUACUUGGGAAAAGACUCAGAUAGCCAAGGCUUGCCCAUUGAAUACCAAAGACUGAACAAACCCACGCAAGCGGUUUUGCGAUUGGUUGCGUCGAUUGAAGGAACCCACAGAAAUGUAACGACUGAUAACUGGUUCACUUCGGUGGAGCUAAUGAACAUCCUAAUGCAAAAACAGCUGACACUUGUGGGUACCCUUAAAAUAAUAAAAGGAAAUUGAGGAGGUACUUCACCUCCUCAAUUUCUGCCUAGCCGUCAUCGGGAUGUUGGCUCUUCGAUUUUUGGAUUCACGUCAGAUGCAACAUUGCUAUCUUUUGUACCAAAGCAAAACAAAUCCGUGCUUGUUCUUUCCAGCAUACAUCACUCACCAACCAUCGAUCCACAAAAGCAAAAGCCAGAAAUGAUUAUUUUUUAUAAUAGCACCAAAGAUGACGUCGAUACAUUAGAUCAGAAAUGUGCCAUUUACUCAACUUCUCGACGCACACAGCGCUGGCCAAUGGCGGUCUUCUACUUCUGCAGCAAAUGCGUACAUCAUCAGCAGCAUGAACCAAUCUCAGAGAAAGGUGCCCAGACUGAAUUUCAUGAAACAACUGGCUGAAGACCUUAUUACACCCCAUUUACGACGUCGAGCGAACCAGUUUGGAUUGCAAAGGGAACUUCAGAACGCUAUUCACCGGGUUCUCAAAAUAGAUUAAGAACCCAAAACAUCUUCGGCAGACAGCUCUGACAAAUUAGAAACACGCAAAACUUGUUCAACGUGUGACCCAAAGAAGAAACGUAAUACAUUCCAUUUGUGUUUUCAGUGCAAAAAUCCAAUUUGCGUUGAGUGUUCUCAAAAAAUGUGUGUACGCUGCCGCGAGAAAUUGUGAAUGUUAGGGUGAUGUAAUUUUGUAACGAUUGUGAUUUAAUUGUGCCAAUGAUAGUUUUAUAUAAGAUGUUAUAUAUUUAAGUUACUAAAAUAUUUAAAAACUAAGAAGUCUCAUUGAUUGUUAUUGCUUAGAGCUCAGCUUAAUCGGAAAACCUGUAAUUUGUUAAAAUAUUCGUUAGUCAAUUUUUAUUAAUAGUAAUAAGAAGAAGUAUUAAUUUGAAGAUUUUAUUGAAACAAUUUGAAAUAAAAAGAACUGAAUGUU